UUUGUGACAAGUUGGAUUUAAUCAGUUGUACCAACCAACGAAUCAACCACCAAGUGAAAUAAUAUACAAACAAGAUAAAAAUAAUGCUUUAUAUAAAAAUAUAAUAAAUAUUUAAUUUAUUUGGAGUUAAUCUAUCCAGAAUGUCAGAUUCAGAACAAAGUGACGCUUCCUAUAAUUCUGGAAGUGGACGAAGUCGCAGCCGUAGUGGAUCAGAAGCGGGAUCUGUGCGCUCUAGAAGAUCAAACCGGUCUCGUAGUAGUGCCCAAUCACGAGGUAGUGCGGUCUCAAGAAGUCGAUCUCGUUCACGUUCUCGAUCAAAAUCUCGAUCCAGAUCACCAUCGCGAUCUCGAUCUAGGUCAAGAAGUGCCAGAAGUCACAGUAGAUCACGAAGCCGAAGUGGGUCACGUUCAGGAUCAGAACGUGCUGAUGAAGCUCAAGAAGGUUCUGCUGAUGAAGAAGUUGAAGAGGAACAAGAGCCUGAGGGAGAAGAUUUACAUGAUUCUGAAGAAUAUGACAGUGAGGAAGAGAGUGAUAGUGAUAGACCACGAAAGAAAAAGAAAAAAGAUCGUUUUGGUGGAUUUAUUAUCGAUGAAGCCGAAGUAGAUGAUGAAGUUGAAGACGAAGAUGAAUGGGAAGAUGGAGCUGAACAAAUUGGAAUUGUUGGUAAUGAAAUUGAUGAAAUUGGUCCAACAGCUCGAGAAAUUGAAGGGCGUAGACGUGGUACCAACUUGUGGGAUUCACAAAAAGAAGAUGAAAUUGAAGAAUAUCUACGUAAAAAAUAUGCUGGGGAAUCCAUGGCUGCAAAACAUUUUGGAGAUGGUGGAGAAGAUAUGAGUGAUGAAAUUACCCAACAAACAUUGUUGCCAAAUGUUAAGGAUCCAAAUUUAUGGAUGGUAAAAUGUCGUAUUGGUGAAGAAAAAGCUACUGUUUUACUUUUGAUGAGAAAGUUUUUAGCGUAUCAAAAUACUAAUGAACCAUUACAAAUUAAAUCGGUUAUUUCACCUAGUGGUGUAAAAGGUUACAUUUACAUCGAAGCCUAUAAACAUCCUCACGUAAAAUCUGCUAUCGAAAACGUUGGUAAUCUAAGAAUGGGUUUCUUUAAACAACAGAUGGUACCGAUCAAGGAAAUGACUGAUGUAUUACGGGUUGUUAAAGAACAAACUGGAUUGAAAUCCAAACAAUGGGUCCGACUGAAACGUGGUUUAUAUAAAGAUGACAUUGCUCAAGUGGAUUACUUUGAUAUGGCUCAAAACCAAGUCCAUUUAAAAUUAAUGCCCCGUAUUGAUUAUACACGCUUGCGUGGUGCGUUAAGAACGGCUCAAAGUGAAUCGGAAGCAGAAAAACGUAAAAAGAAAAGACGCCCUCCAGCAAAACCUUUUGAUCCAGAAGCUAUUCGCGCUAUUGGUGGAGAAGUUACUUCAGAUGGUGACUUUUUAAUAUUUGAAGGAAAUCGUUACUCGCGAAAAGGAUUUUUGUAUAAAAAUUUUACAAUGUCUGCAAUUAUUGCGGAUGGCGUGAAACCAACUUUAGCUGAGCUAGAACGUUUUGAAGAACAACCAGAAGGAAUUGACAUCGAAAUUGCCGCCGAUAAAGACGAUAAAGCUGUUACACAUUCGUUUUCAACGGGUGAUAAUGUUGAAGUGUGCGAGGGUGAAUUGAUCAAUUUACAAGGUCGAAUUUUAGCCAUUGAUGGACCUAUGAUAACAGUUUUACCAAAACAUGAAGAUCUAAAAGAUGCUAUCAUAUUUCAAGCUAGCGAAUUGCGAAAAUGUUUUCGAAUGGGUGAUCAUGUUCGUGUGUUAGCUGGCCGACAUGAAGGAGAUACAGGUUUAGUUGUACGAGUUGAAUCUGGUCGAGUGAUUGUUAUAUCUGAUUUGGGUAUGCAUGAGCUUGAAUUACUCCCCAAACAUUUACAAUUGUGUGCGGAUACUGCAAGUGGUGUGGAUUCACUUGGUAAAUUUGAAUGGGGUGACAUUGUCAAUUUAGAUGGACAAACUGUUGGUGUAAUUGUUCGACUUGAACGUGACAUAUUUCAUGUAUUAUCAAUGCACGGCAAAGUAGUAGAAUGUCGACCUGCCUCAUUAACCAAACAUCGUGUACAUAGAAUGACAUCGGCAUUAGAUUCCGAUCAUAAUCCAAUUCAACGACGGGAUAUUGUUAAAGUUAUCGAUGGGCCACAUUCUGGUCGUUCAGGCGAAAUAAAACAUUUAUAUAGAAAUUAUGCGUUCUUACAUUCUCGAAUGUAUUUAGAUAAUGGUGGUAUUUUCGUGUGUAAGACAAAACAUUUACAACUUGCUGGUGGCGCUAAGACAACUACCGAUGCAAGUUCCAUGGGUGGUUUAGGAUUUAUGAGCCCUAGAAUUCAAAGUCCUUUACAUCCAUCCGGUGGUGGAGCAAGUGUACGUGUUGGUGGAGAAGCAGGUGGAGGGGCUGGUGCACAAGCUGGAGGAAGAGGUGGAGGUCGUGGUGGUAGGGGAGGUGGUCGUGGGGGUGGUGUUACCAGACAUCGUGAAAUUAUUGGGAACACGAUUAAAAUUACUCGGGGACCAUAUAAAGGAAAUAUUGGUAUUGUUAAGGAUGCUACUAAAUCCACAGCUCGUAUUGAAUUACAUACUUCAUGUCAAACAAUAUCUGUCGAUCGAAACCACAUUGCUGAUGUUGGUGUACCUACAAAAGAUGGUAGUUUUUCAUCGUAUGCUCGUACACCAGCAUAUGCAGGAAAUCAAACACCGUCUUAUGCUGGUGGAAAAACUCCAAUGCAUGGUUCUAUGACGCCAAUGCACGACAGUGGUUCUCGAACACCUCAUUAUGGUUCAAUGACACCAAUUCAUGAUGGUAGUCGAACACCAUUACAAGCGGGAGCUUGGGAUCCGAAUAUUCUUAAUACACCUGCAAGACCUGACAGUGGGAGCGAUAGUUAUUCAAUUGACGAUGCAGCUAGCCCACGGCAUAAUCCAGGUACACCUGGUUAUCAAAUCAACGGGCCAUAUACUCCACAAACGCCAGGAACAAUGUACGGAUCGGAUCAUACGUAUAGUCCAUAUCAAGCUAGCCCAAGUCCCAGCGGUUACCAAGGUACACCAAGCCCAUCAAAUACAGGAUAUACACCAUCUCCAGCUAGUGGACAUGCAUAUGGUACACCAUCCCCGUUAAACUAUUCCCCAAUGACGCCAGGAUUAGCACAAAGUCCGUACAAUCCACAAACACCUGGCGCUGGUUUAGAAGUAUUACCACUGUCUGAAUGGUAUACAACUGAUAUUGAAGUACGCAUUAAAGAUAGCCAUGAUGAUCCUGGAUUAGCUGGACAGCAGGGUAUUAUACGUUGUGUGAAUGGACCUAUGUGUUCGGUAUUUCUACCGGAAGAAGAUCGCGUUGUUUCAAUUAUAUGUGAUCAUCUAGAACCAGUUGUUCCUGAACGUAAUGAUCAUAUAAAGGUUAUAUUAGGUGAAGAGCGUGAAACAGUUGGACAGCUAUUGGCAAUUGAUCAACAAGAGGGUGUUGUUAAAAUUAAAGAAGAAAUACGUUUACUUCCAUUAAAUUAUCUAUGUAAAAUGCAUGUCCCAAAUUAAUUUAAAAUUAUACCUCAUGUUUACUGAGUUUAAAUAGAAAGGACUGAUUCCAUAACAUGUGAUUAAAGAAUUUAUAAAUACCGCCAAGCUUAUUUUCAUAAAUGACACACCGAAGAGAAAUAUAAGUACAUUUAAUAUAUAUCGACCAAUUGGUAUAAAAUGCUAAUUUGAUAAAUAUAGAACAAAAGUAAAAACUUAAUUAACAAUUUAAUACACGUUGUGGAGAACCUAGUCUAUAACUCAUAUUGACAAGUGAAUUAAUUAUAGUAAUAAAAUUCGUGAAAUAUUAUAAUUAAGUUCUGAUUUUGAUUCUAAUUCGUAUUAUUGUAAAUCUUGUUCGUUUAUUUUGAUUUUCAUUUAUUUUGAAUAAUAAGUGAUACAAUUUCAAUACACAAUUUUCACGAUUUUUAGUAACUUGAGAAUAGAUGAUAAUCUGAACUAUUUAAAAUAACUCUAAAUUGACAUGAGAUUACAUUUUUUGCUUCAAUAAUUCUUUAUUGUUUUUCUUCGUUAUUUAAAUUUGGUCGAUUUAUUUAGGCUUAUUGUUCGUACAAAUUUAUAAAUGUUUAUAAACGGUACAUAUAUUAUGUGUUACAACAUCCUGGAACGUCACGUAAUAUGCUACUUGAUUGUAAUUAUAAUGGUCCAAAACAAUGCGAAUGAAUAUGUUCAUAAUUUUUGUGCAGUAAAGAUAAAAAAUACAAAAAUCAGAAAAGGAAAAAGUUUUAAAAAUAA